ACAUCAUUGGGAUUUGAUUUAUUUAAGAAUUAAGACCGUAACCUCACUAAAUAAUUUUUUUUUUUGCGACAGAACCGCUAAACCUCUGAAUAUUCCUCUUGAAAUCUUCAAGGACUAUUGUUUUCUUUAUUUAUUUUUAAUGGUAAAAUGCAAUCAGUAUAUAAAAACCGACGGUGGACCAACUUCUAUUCGAGAAGUCAAAUUUUUACGGGCAGCCUUUCAAACAAUGACCAAAUCGUUUAUAAAUACAUCAGAACAUCCAAUUACAAAAAGAAAUUUUUAAAAAAAAAUGUUUCGUCUAACAAUAAUCCUGAUCCUUUUAAGCGUAUACACAGAACAAGCGAGUGGAGGGUCGUUCUUUCUGUAUAACCAGGUGCGCCACGGAGUCCUGAUGAAAGUCCAUUGCAAAUCAGGAGACAGCGAUAGGGGAUGGCACGUGAGGAAAUACGGAGGAUUUUACGGUUUUGAUUUUAAAGAUCAUAUACUUGAUAAAACACUUUAUUGGUGCAACGUCUGGUCAGGUCCUAAUUUCAGUCGCAAUGCGUCUUUCGUCGCGUACGAAAGUAAGCUGUAUAAACACAGAAACAAUUGGAUAAGAUGGUCUAUAAGGGGAGAUGGUAUUUAUGAAUCUAUCAAUGGUGCAACGCCUUGGAAAUUCAAGUAUCAUUGGUAUGGUACACCUUUAUAAUAAGGGACGUCUCAUCAUGAUCUCUUUUUAUGUUCAUAUAUACUAGUAUAUACUAUGUGUGUGUGUUUUGUAUCUUUCUCAACUAAUUUGUGUAUUAAUGUGAUAUUGGUAUUAUGAUUCAUUCGACGGAAUAUGUAAGAACUUGAUAAUGUAUAUACUCUUAGAGGUUUGAUUCACCUGUCAACUAUUUUUUAAUAAAUAUUUUGAUCAGUUUUUUUUUUUU